AAACAUUUUUGAAUUAAUUUUAAAGAAAAACAAAAUGUGGAGCGUGGUGGUGGUGGUUUGGGCCGUGGUGCUGGGACGGCUGGCGGCUGCGGCCACUCCCUACGUGUGCUACGCCUCGGACCAGGACCCGUACCUGCAGUUCGGCACCAGGACCGCCUACGAGUUCUCGACAGGACGAACAGCUGGCCCGGCGGGCCAGAGCGACGUCCGCGGCAUUCCGGGCUGCAAGCCGCUGAUGGUGUGGAUGGUCGCUCGACACGGCGCCAGAAACCCCAACGGCGCCGAGGCAGAAAGACUCAGGCAGAUUACAAAACUCAGGGACGAAAUCAACAGGAACUACGAGGAAAGAAACAGCAAACUGUGUCCGACGGACGCGCAGAACUUGCAGCAGUGGCAAUACACGUUCAACUCGGCGGAGGAGGAUGGAAUUUCGCAGCAAGGCCGAGAGGACAUGAACCUCAUGGGCAAAAGGGUGCGCACCAAAUUUGAAGAACUGUUCUCGGCGCAGGAGUACACCGAGCAGUCGUACGUGUUUAAACACACAAACACCCAGCGAGCCAAAAUCAGCGCUGAGUCCUUUGCCGAGGGACUAUUUCCCAGCACGCAAGUUCGAUUUCAGUCCAAUGGCAACAAUGACACUUUACUCAAGAGUUAUCACAACUGUCUGGCGUGGGAAGGAUUGGUCGACGGCAAUCCUGAAACGCUCAGGCCAAUGGAGAAGUUUUUGGCCCUUCCCGAAUUUAACCGGAUGGUCUACGAGGUCAGCCAGAGGCUCGGCUUCAGAUACAAUUUGACCCAAGACACGAUUCUCUACGCCUACGAUAUUUGCCGGUACGAAAAGGCGAAUAAUAUUAAAAUAGUUUCCCCGUGGUGCGCCCUUUUCACUCCAGAUGACUUAAAGCUCAUUGAAUAUGCAGAGGACUUGAGGUUCUACCACAACACCGGAUACGGAAAUAGUAUUAAUUUGAGGAUCGGCUGCCCCUUGGUGCAAGAUAUGAUGUACAGAUUUAGAAACGUGGCCAACGGAGUGGCGGACCAACCAUCGGGGGUGUUCUACUUCACUCACCUGACGUCAGUGAUGACCCUGCUGGCUCGUCUGGGCGUCGCAAACGACCAGCCAGCGCCGUCUUACAACAACUACGCGAGCCAGACUCGGCGGCAGUGGAAAACCUCGGCCCUGGCUCCGUUCGGCAGCAACCUGAUGGCCGUCUUCUUCAACUGCACGGGUUCGAGCGGCAGCGUGGACCAGAAGGUGGUGUUCUACCUGCAGGAGAGCGUGCUGCCGAUGCCAGGGUGCGACGCCGGGCUGUGCACCUGGGACUUCGUCAGGGAGCAGUUCAUGCCGCUGGCCGACGAGUGCAACGUGAACCGAACCUGCGCCGGCAAGGACGCCGCCGCACACGCGACCCUCAGCGUCGCAGCGCUCAUUAUUUCUCUUGUGGCCACUCUCGUUUCUCGCUUUUAAAAAUAUUAUUCUCUAGUUGAAACAGAACUGAAGCUUAUUAUUAUUAUUAUAUGUGUACGAAUCAAAUAAAUAAAGCGGACUGUUACUUAAAACGAUU